CUUACCUUUGUAGUUUUAUGUAGGUAUAAUGAUUUAUUACCUAAUAAAUUCUUAUCGAUUUUUGUCUCUUGUUACAGCUGAGGGGAGCCUGUCCGAAUUUGCUGCACGCAAAAUCCACUACACGGCGAGUAACCCCCUCAAAAAAGGUCUAUUUACACCUGACACUAGACCGCCUUGCUUACGCAACAUGUACGAGAAAGCAACAACAGACCGGCUUCCCGCAUCCAUCCUCGAUCAGUUGCGGAAGGACACUCAGUAUUCGCCUUACCUACUAUGCACACCUGUGUUAGGAUCAAAACGAAGACGUAUCUACCAGAAAGUAGACGUUGAAAUAGAAACACAUAUUCCAGCAGUUGUAGAGCAUUUACGGAAAUGGACGUCGAAAGAAGCCAUCGGAGACGUAACCGCGUUACCGGACGCAUCCGUACGGAUAGCGAGCAGUGUAACACUGACACCGGACGAGCUGUCCGAGUGCGGCUCCGGCGAUGAUGAACCCAUCGACCAUCGGCUGCCCAGUCCUGACGAGCAGUUGCGGGUCAUCGCCUCAAAAUUUCCUCCGGAAGUUGUUGCGAUCGACACAUCAGGAAAAUUCUUCGACAGAAUGUGCAGCUCCCGAAAGUCGCUUGUCGUAGAAAGCAUCGGAGAGACGGACACAGUGAAACGACGCACGCGUACUAGAAAACCUCGGGGUAAAAGACGAAACACCAUUUCGGGCACUGAUCAGAAAGAGCUUAGAGAGGCUAUAGCUGGUGAUACACCAACAGCAGAGGCUUCCGAAGAAAUUGAAGACACUACAGUCAUCAGGUCGAGAUCUAGCGACUUACUUAAGAAAAGCCCUAUCGAUCCAGUUACUAAGAAAAGUCACUUCAAUAGUUUAAAGCAAUGGGGCAAGAACAGACUAAAGAUGAUUGGGAGAUCACCUAGUACCAGUAGAGAUAGUUUUAAGGAUAAUUCAAAGACAGAUAAAAUUAGAGAGUCAAAGUCUCCCGUUAGACAAGAAGACACUGAAGUACAAGAAACAGUCACAAUGCGAAAGAAACGGUCAGGUGAAGAAGACCGGCGGACGCAUCAAAGAUGUGCCUCAUACUCUUCUUCAGAAAAAAGUAUAGGUAUCCCUGUAAGUUUACCGACUACUGCAACAAUAAAUACUGGUGUAAAAUUAAGAGGAACAUCCACACAGAGAAGAUUAAGAAGAUCAGGAAUUGGCAAAGAUGAACCUCAUUCUUCAAGUGGAAAUUGGUCAGCUAGCUCAGAGUCUGGUAGAACUAGUAUUGGCUCUGAAAUUACAACCACAACGGUUCCGCCUAAAAGCACUACAUCUGCUGCAACAUCCAAUAAUUCUCUCAAUUUUCAUGGGCAUGGUCCCCCUAGUUCAAUAAUUAGUAGAAGAAGAUUUUUAAACACUUCAGGCUCAGGAAGCGUAACUAGUGAAGGAACUCUCACUCCUGAUAUUAUUCAUGAUUUACACGAAGAUUUGGAAACGAGUUCGGAAUUUUCAUGUGACACUGAAGGGUAUUAUACGUCUUUUCAUAUGGAUUCUGGCUUGAAAACCUUAAAAGAAGAAGAAAUAUCACCAGGCACUCCAUUGCAUACAAGUAAUGCUUUAUCCAACUCAUCUAACAGCCAAACAAUGACUGCAGAAAAUGAAUACGAACUAUUUGGUAAAGGCUCUACAAGUACUACCACAAGCAGUGCUGGUACGGUUUGCACAACGUUAAUGGCUGCUGGAAGCGAUCGAUCUUUAAUAAUAGGUCCAACAGUCCCUGAAAGAAAAAGCUCAUUGACUAAACUUAAUCGCAUUCGAAGUAAUAACAUACACAGUGCCAAUGCUAGUUUAGAAAGAAGUAUGAACUCAACAUUUACAAAAUCUUCUUUUAGCAGCUUACGACACAAUGCCAUUCGUACGUUCAAUGAUAAACAAAUAAGCAAUCACUCGUCGCCAGAAAUAAGUGCAACAACUACGUCGACUAUAACUAUUACGAGCAAUGUUGGUAAUCACAGAGAAAUAACUGCUGUCGCCGAAAUUCACACCGAGACUGAUUUUGAAAGUGCCAAAAAAAGUACAGGAACUAGUUCACCGGACUCAGGACAUAAUACGUCCAGUUCACCAAUUGAGGACUCGGUAUCUAGUGCUCAUGGAAAAAAUAGCCUUUCCGAACAAGACUAUUCAGAGUCCUCGGAUUUAGAAGGAACAGACAGAAUAGAAAGGAUUAGAUUUAAAACCACUAUAAACAGUUCUAGAAUACCGUCUCUCUGUGUUAUAACUCCAACCAAUUCUGAUGAUGAAAGUGAAGCAAGUAGCAAAUCAGAAACAGAGAAAAAAUCCGAUUCUGAUAAACCUAACGAAAAUUUAACUGUUAUUAAAAAACCAAUUAAUCGACCUAAAUUAGAAUUGCCAGUUGAUAUUAAAAUUCCAGAAAGCCACAAAUCGAGCAAACCCCACCCUCCGAUAAACUUAAAGCCAUUUAACAAUUUAAUGUGUAAAUUAAAAGGAGUACUUCCACAUAAAUUAUCAAAUAAAAAGUCACCGACAGUCAAAGAACCUGAAGGUAACGAAAACUUAUUUGAUUCAGGUGAUUAUGUCACAAUUGCGGAUGUCAAAAAUAAUAACCAAAAAGUCAACCUUAACAGGGGAAUUUAUGGAAAUAAUGAUACUGUUGGAAAAAAUCUACAAACUGUUCUAUCGGGAAAACUUCCUGAAACUGAAUAUGUGUCACUCAAUGAAUUGCCAAACUAUCUUAAUGUAAGUAAAGAUUUCUUAGAUAACAGUAUUGAUGAGAAACCUUCGCCAGUAUUAGAAGAAAUUCAAAAGAAAGGAGCUAAGGUAACCUUAGACUCUCAAGGCCAAGUAAUAUACUCUUCUGAUACAUUAAAACGAAGAAAAGGCGCUCACACGACAUUUGAACCCGGUCCAUUUGUUCAGGAAAUAAAUCCCACUACAAGCGUAAUACAGCCUGAAAUGGCUAAUGUAGUAAAAAUAACUGACGAAACAGAUUUCCCUUACGAACCUGCACCAUUAUGUACCAGUAAACCAACUUCGCCGCAAUUAGGAAAAAUGAUUAUAAAAGCACCAAUAGAACCAGAUGGUCCUAUUACUACAGAGUAUAUUGCUUUACCCACGCCGAAACCUAGUACAAUAAUUACAGCAGCACCUCUAACCGAUUCGUCAGUUUUAACUAAACAACCUACAAGCAAAAAUACUCACGAUCUACCGCGAGUAGUAGAAGUUAUCACUAGAACUGGCGCCUAUGUUAAUAUUCACGACGCAGAGGGUGUCAGCUUAUCCCCGACGAAAGACGAUUUAGCAGACUAUCGACGUUCCAGCGCUGACAAGCCCUGCACGAAUGCACCUCGGGUCAUGGGUACAGGAAAAAGUCCAACUGUAGAUUUAAAUGCAAUUAACCCAACCCUACACAGAUAUCAUACUGCACAUCUCUGUGGUAGACACGGUGUUGUCAACUACGAAACCUCAUCAGUCCCACAAACAGAAUCAAAAUUCUGGACGUUGCCAAAAAGAAAUACCCUGGAUCAAAAUACAUCUCGACUGAAUUGUUCUCCUAAUACAGACACACGUUUUCAACCCGAACAAAGAUGUAAGCCCAAAGCAGCGUACACUAAUGACGAAUCUAUUAAAAUAUCACCCAUAGAUCCUCGAACAACGGGUUCUUUUAAAUCUUCAACACCGUCUAAUAAAGAAAACGUGCUUGAUCUAGGCACGAAAUUAAUGUCACCGGUAAAAUCUACAAUGACAAACGAUGAACUGUAUGCUGUAAUACAUAAAAGUAAAAAGAAACUAAAUAUCAAAAACACGCCAGAGAGGGCUGAAUCUCCUGCUUUAUCUACAAUUAGUUUAUCACCAGUGAGUUCCGAAACAUCAAUAUAUACAAAAGGAUCCCAAAAACAUCCCGAGACGGGAUAUUUAGGAGAUCCACGUAACAGAAUGAGCUGGUCGCCUGCUGAAAAGCUUUAUACGCCUGUUCCGGAACAGCCUACUUAUAAUUUACAAAAACAAGAAUCUACUUGUGCAGACAGAUUCGGACCUUUACCACAAACUUCCAGACUGGACUUUAAAAAACUACUCCUACAACAUAGUGUAAAACUCAAUGCUCUACAUACACAACCAAAGUCAAAUAAGCUUUCGGCAGUAGAACAAUUAAAACUUUCGAAAGAAAAAGAUCAAGUUCCUCUUAUGCCUGUACAAUCAUCCAAUAAUAAUCGGUCCCAGGUGAAUAUACUCGAUUUGAGCGGAUCCCCAAAAACCUAUACUCAUAGAAAAGUAAUCAAAGCUAAUCCCCAGCCAGCGUCACCUGGAAGGACAGGUGCUAUAAUCAAGGAACAUAAAAAUAGUCCCAAAAUUUUGCUCUCUCCAAAAUCACAAUGGAGAUUUUCAAGUCCAAGAUCCGAUGUUUUAUCCACCCCCAUUCCCGAAGUCUACAACGAAGAUGAACAGUCUAAUAGUUCUAGUGAAAAACAUGAUGUCUCUCCUAAUCCUCCCAAGACGAUUCCUAUUGUAACAAAUCAACACUUUGGGGCCAGAAGAAACCUUAUUCCAAUAAAUGAAAAUAUAUUUGAAACCGAUAAUGAGCCUUCGCCGCUAGUGGAUCAAGGUGUGUUUCCACUGAAUGCAGAAUUUGCCAAGUCACACGGUCUAUCUAGAACGGAAAUAAUGCAAGCCAAGCGAGCAGAAUUUUUCAAUAGAUCCCCAGAAUCGUCACCACCUAAAUUCACUUCUUUCAGAAGUCCAACCACGGCUGGUCCGUCGACAGUAAACUCUCGAGGUAAAUCCUCUCCAGAUAGAGGGAAAAUUUCACCGACUACACUAGAAACAGCAUUAUGAUAAAAUAUUCAACAUAAAAAGCGGUGCUUUAUAGUUUGACAAUGUAAAUAUUUUGUAUGGAGCAAUGAAAUUGAUAGAAGCUUUAAUCUAGUCCUUUCUUGCAUAAUGUGCCAUUUAUGCAGGCACUGCAUGGUCAAUCAGUGAUAGAACUACUUACGAUGAAUAUGGUAAUCAGCUCAAAGACGUUUUUAAUGCUCUAAUGGGGCCAAUUUUGUUUUGUAUAAAUGAUAAUAACGUACAAUAUUAUGUAUGAUUAUUAUGACUUAGUAUGUAAGUAUUUAUUGAGUACACAAUAGUUACUGUGAGUAGUGUUUUGGACUUUUUCAAAGUUUUUAAGUUAUUGAGAAAACAAUUUUAAAUAAAUGUGUUGAAUAAUUACUUAUCUACAA